CAUCAUCGCUUGAUGCCUUUACGCAGUAAUAAAUAUAUGCGCCACAGCAAUCAACAUUCAGCGGACCUGAAAGCGUCUUUUUCAACAAUUCAACCGUUCGAGUUAGUAGGGCUCCGAACUCCUACAUAUUCGUAUGGUCUAGGUUUAUACCAGUGCUCUUGGGGCCCUACCGGCCAAGGAUUGCGUUUCGGAUCCUAAUUCGAGCUCGUUAGGGUUGCUCUCCCACCUCUGAUAUCAUAGCGUCCAUAACCUCAAUAUGUACGGCAUUUCCGCAAUUCGUAACAAUCACGUCGGGGCAGGUAUGGAGCACAAACCUAUUAAAGAGCUAGCAUUGGAAUGGCUCCGCCUCGACCGGGACCCCUCCACCACCGACGAGAUAUUCCGGCUUCUUCAAAAAGAAGAGAAUGCCGAGCUCGAAAGGCGACUUCGCAACCGCAUCGCGUUUGGGACCGCGGGGCUGCGAGGGCCUAUGAAAGCUGGUUUCUCAUGCAUGAACUCCCUCACCGUCAUUCAGGCUUCCCAAGGACUAGCUGCUUAUCUUCUCGACUCAUCGGAUGACAAGCAGCGCGUAAAGCAUCGCGGCGUGGUCAUCGGUCGCGAUGCUCGACACAACUCGGAAAAAUUCGCGAAACUCGCAGCUGCAGCCUUUGUCGCAAAAGGUAUCAGGGUAUGGUGGCUGGAGUUGCCCGUGCAUACUCCCUUGGUGUCCUUCGGGCUUCGUCAUUUGGGCGCUGUUGCUGGGGUCAUGAUAACAGCAAGUCAUAAUCCUCCCCAGGAUAAUGGUUACAAGGUGUACUGGUCAAACGGGUGCCAGAUCAUUCCUCCACACGACACUGGAAUCGCGGCAGCGAUCGAAAGGAACUUGGAACCCGUCACGUGGGAUACUUCGAUCGUUGACAACGGUCAUCUCCUUAUUGAAGGUACUUUAGGCCGGGUUGGAGAUCACUAUCUCAACGCCGUCAAAAAGGCGGCAAGACCGGAAGGAAUAAGAGUGCCACCCUUCGACCCCGAUUUUAAGUUCAUAUACACGCCUCUCCAUGGAGUCGGCAAGCGGGUCAUGGAUUUGUGUAUGGACAAGCUUGGUCUUGCAUCACACAUGAUAAUAGUGGAGGCCCAAGCACAGCCGGAUCCGGACUUCCCUACAGUCAAGUUCCCCAACCCGGAAGAGAAGGGUGCAUUGGAUCUUGCGAUCCAGACCGCAGACGAAGCAGACAAGUCUCUGAUUCUCGCUAGUGAUCCGGAUGCUGAUCGUCUCGCAGUUGCAGAGAGGGCCUCUGGAAAGUGGCAUAUAUAUACAGGCAAUCAGCUCGGGAUUCUGCUAGCUUCAUACCUGAUCGAGAGUUACGCUGGAAACACCCCCCGGGAGAAAUUGGCCAUGCUUGCCAGCACAGUCAGCUCCCGCAUGCUUCAGGCUCUGGCCGCAAAAGAGGGUUUCUAUUUCAAAGAGACUCUCACUGGAUUUAAGUGGCUGGGCAACGUGGCGCGUGACCUAGCAAAAGACGGAUACGAGGUUCUAUACGCCUUCGAAGAGGCUUUGGGCUACAUGAUACCGGAAGUUGUUCAUGAUAAGGACUCCAUUGCCGCUGCGGCCGUGUUCCUGAGCGCAGUAUCCCACUGGUUGAAUAGGAAUCUGACACCAUACACGAAGCUCCAACAACUCUAUGAGGAGCUCGGUUUCUUCGAAGACGCAAACACCUACCUCAUAUCACCAGAUCCUUCGACGACUACAUCAGUAUUCGCAGCUAUUCGUGCCCUCGGCGAUCCAUAUCCUGCGACCAUUGGGUCACGAAAGAUCACUAGAUGGAGGGAUCUGACCGUUGGCUAUGACUCUGCUGGCAAAGACAAUGUACCUGAUCUGCCAGUCGACAAGAACAGUCAGAUGAUAACCUGCGAGUUGGAAGGCGGUGCUCGGUUCACCGUGCGCGGGUCAGGCACCGAACCUAAAAUCAAACUGUACAUUGAGUGCGUCGACAAGAACCGCGAGACCGCAAAAGCGGGAGCAGACGAGAUAUUGGAGGACUUGCUCCGAGAAUGGUUCAAACCUGAUGAGAACGGUCUGGUAUUGGCCUAGGGGGCGGAGGGAAUUGGAUACAGUCGAGGGCAUUCAGACUCGCCCUCACUUUUCAAAACCUGUGUUAGGUCGGCUAUCUGCUCGGAAUGCUAUGCUGUCUUCAAGGUUCUUUCGAGCUAACCAUCGCAGGAGAGUGCGUGCGAUGGGCAAAGUCGGCUUAUCGAUUUGACAGUAACAUAUGCACGCUGAUAUGACAACUACUUCCGCAUAACUGUCUAGGCAUAGAAGGC